UGCAGUUGUCAUUUCCACCAGUUGUGUGCAGGACAGGAUACGCCACACUUUGUGGGGACACCUCUUACUUGGGAAUAUGACUGAACUUUGACUGGGAAUACCUCGGGAGCCACUGUUAGCUGAGAGUCUUGAGUUCCACUGGGGGUUUUUGCGGUUUCCUUUUAAAUUCUUCCAAGUUAUGCUUCAGAUUUGACUGCUUUUCACUGAUCCACCAAGGGAGUAACACCUGCAGUAAAGUGGGGAAGAGGAUCAGUAGAUGAGCUGCCGCCGUCUAGACCAUGAUCUGAAGGCCCCAAGCACGUGGACCCAUCGUCUAUUCUUUCUGCUGUGGGAGUGACCACUCCUAGACCAGCUGCCUCUGACAGGUGGAGCCCAAGGAGAGAGUGGCAAAGAGUGCCUAGCCCACCAACCACCGACGCAGGACAGCCGUGCCCUCUGACCCCGCCACGCCCCCUGCCCCUCCCACCGCCACACAGGAACUAUGGGGAGGAAAAAGAUUCAGAUCCAGAGGAUCACUGACGAACGGAACCGACAGGUGACGUUCACCAAGAGGAAGUUUGGCCUGAUGAAGAAGGCUUACGAGCUGAGCGUGCUGUGUGACUGCGAGAUCGCCCUCAUCAUCUUCAACCACUCCAACAAGCUGUUCCAGUACGCCAGCACAGACAUGGACAAGGUCCUGCUCAAAUACACGGAGUACAACGAGCCCCACGAGAGCCGGACCAACGCUGACAUCAUCGAGGCUCUGAACAAGAAAGAGCACCGGGACUCAGAGAGCCCUGACCCGGAGGAGCCCUUCUCCCUCACCCCCCGCACUGAGGAGAAAUACAAAAAAAUUGACGAGGAGUUUGAUAAAAUGAUGCAGAGCUAUAGGCUGUCAUCAGCCGUGCCACAGCCAACCUUUUCCAUGCCUGUCACGGUGCCAGUGUCCAAUCAGAACACUCUCCAGUUCAGUAACUCUGGCGGCUUGGUCACCACGUCCUUUGUCAACUCCACCCUCACAGACCCCCGACUGCUGUCGCCACAGCAACCAGCCCUCCAAAGGAACACCGGGUCUCCAGGGUUACCACAGCGACCAGCCAGCGCAGGUGCUCUAUUAGGAGGUGACCUGAACAACUCCAGUGGAGGAUGCCCGAGUCCAGUUCCCAACGGCUACAUCAGUGCCAGGGCCUCCCCAGGCCUUCUCUCCAUCUCCAAUGGCAACAGCCUGGGGAAGGUUGUCCCGGCCAAAUCCCCGCCUCCGCCCAGCCCUCAGAUGGUCAACAGCCGCAAGCCUGACCUCCGGGUCAUCACCUCCCAGAGUGGAAAGAGCCUAAUGCAGCUGACAGACGAGGAGCUGGAGUUGGUGAGUGAGAAUGCUCAGCGGUUAGGUGGUUCUCAAGGGAACCUGACCACACCAGUGGUUUCUGUGGCAACACCUAGUCUCCUUGCCCCCUUCUCGGCCAUGCAGACAGCGUAUAACACUGAGUACCAACUGACCAGUGCAGAUCUCACAGCACUCCAGACCUUCACGCCAUCAGGGCUGCUACCUGGAAACAUGACCAACUGGCAACAACAACCAGCAGUAUCCCAGCAACAACAACAGCAGCAACAACAACAACAGCAGCAGCAACAGCAGCAGCAGCAACAACAGCAACAACAACAACAACAACAGAUCAGCUUGGCGUCCCUUAGUAACUUGGUCAUGUGGGGCGCAGAGAAACAGAACGGGGAGAUGGCUAACUGCAUCUCCAAUUUUGCUGCUAACCUGAGCAUGGCCUCUCAAUCAAACUUGCUCUUUGGCAGGGAAGAGGGCCUCUGCUGGCCGGUGGGCCACCUUCCUCAGGGCACCAUGCUGACCAUCAACACUAACCCAAAUGUCAACAUCAAGUCGGAGCCCGUGUCGCCCAAUCGUGACCGCAGCACCCCGUGCUCUACGAGUGGGGGCGGAGGAGGAGGGGGCCUCGUGACCAUCACGGGGGCCCCCCUGUCCGGCCAGUACCCGGGGGCCCUGCGCCUGGAGCCGUCCGCCCAUCAAGGCCGCUCGCCGGUGGACAGCCUGAGCAGCAACGGCAGCUCCUACGAAGGAGAGAGGGACGACGGGGCCCAGGGACGGGACUUCCACCUCCAGGGAGGGGCCUCCUCGGCCAUGGGGCUCCUGAGGCCCUCGCAGGAACAGCAGGAGCAGGAGGGGACCAACGGGAAGAGAAUGAGACUGGACACCUGGGUUACAUAGAGGAGAAGAGGAGAGAGAUGGAGACGUGCCCCCUUCUCUAUCUAUCCCAACCACCUAUUUACCAUCCAUGCAGUACAUACUGACCUCACACACACACGCACACACGCAGACAUUUGCGCAUGCUCUUACACACCCCGUUUCUCUUACUAAUGUAUGCGUUGACACCAAUGCGCACCACUCUGCUUCGUGUUUUCUACUAUAAUCCUCCGCACAUGCUCACUCACGCACCGACACGGACACCCUCUGAAGGGGCGGAGCCACCCAACCAGGGACUGCGUGUUGUCACGGUGGGUUGGGUGAGAUUUGGAUUGGUGUGACUUCGUGUUUUUCUUUUUUUCAUUCGAUCUCACUCGUCCUCCUGAAGAGAGAGAGUAGAGAGAAGCUGGACAACGGACUCCCAAUGGACUGCUGUGUUUUCUCCUCAUGGCUACACAUCGUAAUACAUGUCUUGUAGUUUGUCUUUUCUCCUCCAGACAACAUGACACAGAUCUUAUAGCCUGCCUGUCAUACACCGUAGGUCUCUUGUCCAGCUGCACUGUUCUGUUGAAAAACAGUACCACAACCAAAAUGAAUCGACUUGUUUGUA